CGGAGCCUAAGGAACCUAAUUUCUGAAUGGGAGGCUGAUGACGCCCGGCCCACACUCGCACGACUGUAGCGGUUGUGGCUGUCGGAAUAUUUAACAAUGGCGCGACGCUGCAGCGGUCCCGUACGUACUUUGAGAAGAUUUGGUAUCCCUGCUGCCUGUAGACAACGCCAUGUCAGGUUUUUACGCACCCCGUCGCUCGCCUGAUACUCUCGCGGAGGGCCUUCCCGCACGACGAUCCCCAUGGUCGCCGCUGCCUUCCCAGUUUCCUGGUGUUCAUAGGCCUCACGUCGAACGCCAGUUCUCAAAAAUGCCAGACGAUGAUGACCUACCUUCUAACUCCGAUAUACGUCACGAUGUCUGGCAGAUGUACAAUGAACAAGCCUCAAAAUGGCGUGAGGACUUCAUCGAAAAGUGGAACAAGGAAAUGAAAUCCCUACUCCUCUUUGCAACCCUUUUCUCGGCCGUCAUAACCGCAUUCGUAGUACUGUCAUAUCCAAGUCUUCGCCCAGACCCCGGUCUUACCACGGUCAACCUCCUUCAGCAAGUCGUCGCCUCCCUGAACGCAAAUCAAACCCUCCAGUCGGUCCAGGCCUCAGCAAGUCUCGUAUCGGACAGCAGCACCACAUUUGUCCCAGAGGCCUACGCCAUUCGCGUCAACACCUUCUGGUUUGCAAGCCUCGUAGUCAGUGUCUCCGUCGCCUUUCUCACCAUCCUCGCCAGACAAUGGCUGGCGAGCCUUGACGGCGACCUCCACCCCUCGGCUGAAGGCCGUGGCCGGCAGUUUCAGUAUCGCUACGACAACACGCGCGCGUGGAGCCUAGGUUCCGCGCUGGAGUGCCUCCCCCUCCUGCUGCACAUGUCGCUCCUGCUGUUCUUCGCCGGCCUGAUCGACUUCCUCUGGGCAACCAACUCCACCGUCGCGAUCGUGGCAACGGUCCUCAUCGGACUGACUGUUGCCAUUUACAUCGGCACCUACGUGCUCUCGCACCUGUCGUCGACGUGUCCGUACAGAACAUCAGUCGAUCCUACGACGUGGACGUGGGAGUUCCUCCGACGGUCGAUUUAUACCUCAUGGAAGAUCACAUACCCAUUAGUCAAGUUCUACCGCACCAUCCUUCGCGUGUUCUCUUGGUGCGGCGUCGAUAUUCCGCCCGCGCUCGCGUACCCCGCGCGGGGGCCGAUCUUGCGCACGGAGUACAUCAUGCGCGCGUACGCCGCGCCACUCGUCGACUCGCAGUCGCGCGAGGUCAACUACAUCUUCGAAAACACGGAUCUCAUGGACUCGCGCGUCCUCUCGCGGAUGGUCGCCUCCUUCCAGGCGGGCCUGGACGACCACGACGCGGAACUGCUCGCGCACGCGAUCGUGCGCUUCCCGCACCUCAUCGCGAACCGCGACCUCUUCAUCGAUGCCGGCACCGUGCGCUUCCUCACCCUCUGGCUCCGCUGGCUCGAGGAGUUCGACUACGCUGAGCUCACAAAGCCCGUACAAAAGGAGUUUGCGCUCGUCGAGCGUGCACUGGCUCGGCUCCUGACGGAGGUCAUCGAGCCUGAGGACGACUCGCGGGCGACCCUUUCACUGUGGGGCCCGCCACGGACGUACAAGCGGCCGCAGGAGACGAUGUCGCUCAACGCAGACCUGGCGCUGCGGACGCUCAAGCUCUCUAACCUCGACGAAAGUGGCGAGGGCAAAAACCCCGAUGACAUCAUCCUGUUUGCACACAGACUCAGGCUGCAGCUCGUCGCAUUCCCUCUUGAUUGGUCUGCGGGGCCCGUCAAAGCCUCCGUGCAGGAGUUCUAUGGCCGUCUGUCGGCAUUCCAGAAGCUGAACGACGCAGAGCUCAAGAGCAAGGACAACGACUCAGAGCUCAAUCGCAGUGAGGACAACAUGUCGCUCGUCAACACUGCGAUCUACGUCGCCACGCGUGUCAUUGACCCACAGAAGUGGACGAAGCCGACGGACGUCGUCUCCGACCGCAUCGAGCACAAACAUUGCGCCCUCGACGCACUUGCCGCGCUCGUCUUAAACAACCCCGGGCUCGACUUCGCGUUAGUGAGGCAGAUCUGCUGGGCCCUUUGCGUGCUCUCCAUCCCCGAGCGCAGGCUCAUCCCGAAGUUCAACGACUUCCAUUUGUUGAUCACCCAGGUGCGCUCCACUGACAAGCUGCUGGACCCGCUCAAGCGGAAUGUCCUGGCUCCCGCAAAGCAGGACGCCGUCAUGCUCCAUGCGGUGCUCGCUGUCUUUGAAGAGCUUCUCUAUUCGACCUCUUCCGCCCGCCUCCCGGCGUCCGCUCCUACAUCUGACUCGGACGCCCUCGAUGAUCGCGAGAAUGCCGACCGCACUCAACUCCUCACGGCACUCAUCGCGCGGUACCCUACCUUCCUGCAAGACCUUCGAGUCGAGCUCGAACAAUCUUGGACCUUUCCCACCGAGCAGAGUCCCACCGCGAGCUGGCAGCAUGGCUCGUUCUCCCUGCACGACUCACUGCGUCUUCUCCAGCGCGUCGUUCGCAUUUCUGGAUUCCUUGGCUACUACUGUCCUGCCGACCUGGGUACCCUGAAAAUUGACCGGGAGCAGAUUACUCGCACGACGCUCGAGAUUCUGCAGUUCAUGUGCAACGUCGACAAUGCCUCCCAAGACCAGAUUGCAGUGCACCGUGUUGCGUACGGUGCUGCCUGCCGGUUCACCAUCCUCAAUUGCGGCGUGGAGACGCCGAUCGUACCGCCUGCGGACGAGUUUAUCUUCGACAAAUACUCAGCUAGGGAUGCCGCUGAGCAGAUUGUUGAAGCGCUUCGGAACGCGUCUGCAGUAUUCGAGCCGCCGGAGUCGGUCAAGAAGGUGCUUGCGAUGAUGGCGGACCUGCGGUACAUCUCGAGCCACUCGAGGUUUCGCGCGGAAAUCCUGGCGUACUUGAGAACUCCGAAAUUAGACAUGCCGGAGCUACUCGACUUGCUGGUCGAAAAACGCUGUGGCGUUGAGGCUCGCGAGGCGAUCGACACGCUCAAUGGGAAUGGAGGGUUGGAGAGACCGCGAAUCACGCCCCCGAGACAGAUGCCCCGCACGAGGAGGGCAACGCGCCCGAGGGUGGAUGCUACAAAAGCGGGUAUCAGAUUGAAAUAAUGAGACUAUUAAUUAGGAUGUACUUACUGUAGAUAGAUUGUACCGGGCCCCACGCCCGGAGUCUGGACAGGAAUGAGCUCGAGCAC